GAUUCCCCAUAUACCCUCUGACUCUCUCACUCGGAGCUUUCGCCGCCGCUUGUUAUACGGAUGACACGCCACCCGCCACCCCACGCCACCGACCCUGAGAACCAGAACAACCGCCAUAUAUCCCAAACUCAGUAUAUAUAACACACACACGCUCUCUCUCUCUUCCCCCUUAGAAAUGGCUAACCAAUCACUGAAGCGUAUCUUCCAUAAUAUUCGUUGUACUAAAUUUUUUUUGAAGAGACAGGGGAUGUAUCAGAGUUAUGUGUAUAGUCUUCUUAAUAGGUUUCAGUUGCAACGGUCAAAAGUUGAUAUGGUAGAAGCAGAUAUAUUGAAAGAAGCAAAGGAUGCACCUCAAGUUUCUUUCAAGUCCAAAGUUGAGAGGGCAAUUGGCAAUGAUUCUAGUCUCAGCAAACACAGUUCUGAUAAUGAUCUGAGCGAUAGAAAGUGGAGGCUAGAGCUUGCUUGGCUCACAAAAGCUCUUGAACCAGCUCUGCAGUUGUGUAGGUGGGCUCUGCCAACAGGAGAUGGAUUUGGAAACAAAUCCCCACCUACUAGUCGAUCUCUUACAGAAAUCAUUGCAAGCAUUCAACGCAGUAAGAUUGGGGUCCAGGAUUGGAGCUUGAGCGAUCUUACCAUUGGACUAUAUCUUAUCUAUCUUCGUCAAGCAUCUACAAAUCCAUUUGAAGAUGUUAAGGGCGUUCAGAUCUCAUCAGAUUCAGUUGUGCAAGAUCUCAUCUACCACCUGGAGUUAGCAAAAGGUUGUUAUAAGGGUAAUGCUGCGGCUCUUGCAAGGAUCAGCAUGAUUCGAGAAAGUAAUGUUUUGAAGUUUGUAAACGAUUCCAGCCUGAUGAGGCCUGGAUAUUAUGUUGGGAUUGAUACCCGUAGGAAACUUGUAAUUCUUGGAAUCCGUGGCACUCAGACUGUCUAUGACCUUAUCACUGACAUUGUUUCUUCGAGUGAUGAAGAAGUGACAUUUGAAGGUUAUUCCACCCACUUUGGGACUGCUGAAGCUGCUCGUUGGUUUCUUAGUCAUGAGAUAGGAACCAUUAGAAAGUGCUUGGAGAAAUAUAAGGGAUACAGGUUAAGGCUUGUGGGUCAUUCUCUUGGAGGUGCUACAGCUUCUUUACUAGCAAUAAUGCUCCGUAGAAAGUCAUUUGAGGAGCUUGGAUUUAGCCCUGACAUUGUUUCUGCCAUCACAUAUGGCACUUCACCUUGUGUCUCCAGAGAACUUGCUGAAAGUUGCUCUGAUUAUGUUACAACGGUUGUUAUGCAGGAUGAUAUUAUUCCUAGGUUAAGUGUAGCUUCUCUAACAAGGCUGAGGAAUGAAAUCCUUCAAACUGAUUGGAUGAGUUUGGUUGAGAAGGAAGACUGGAAAAAUGUAAUAGAUAUGUUUACAAAUGCAAAGCAGGUUGUGUCUUCGGUGCAAGAUGUGGCUUGGAAACUUGCUGAUUAUGCAAAUUUCAGGAACAAAAGAACUUCUUUUGACGGGUCCUUCAGAAGGGAGUCACCUGCUGCACCUGUAUUCCCUUCAACCUCCAAAACAGCAAAAGAGCAUGCUGUUGUCAUGGAAAAGGAAGGAGCUAACCCUAUGUUGUCUGAAGAGUUAUUCGUGCCAGGGACUGUUUUUUAUCUAAAGAGGAAUGCAGACACUCAGGCUGGCAUCAGCAGGGAGUUUUUCACACUCUGGAAGAGACAUCCAGGCGAACAUUUUCAGAGGAUAGUGCUCUCAAGCAACGUAAUUUCAGACCACAAGUGUGAUACCCAUUACUUUGCUUUAAGAGAUGUACUUAAAGGUCUGCCAGAGCCUGAUGACGAGGGUAUUUCCAGAUGAAUAGAAGCAUAAUGCUUGAUGAUGAGUAAUCCUCUGCAAAGACAAAUUAUACUAACUAGUUUUUGUACAAAGAAUUUGUUUGUAGGAUAAUUUAUUCUUUUAUUAUUAUAGGUCACUUUUGGUUUUGUGUAAUCAUUAUAAUCAGUAUUAGUGAUGUAAUUUUGAUCCCAUUCCUGAAAAACUCUGCAAGGAUACUUGGCCAAUAAUAGUGAUGUAAUUUGGCAAUUUGCCCCUCCAAAAAUUUCUUCAAUCUACUUUGUCUAUUUAAUCA